GAGUCUUCUUUUUCUAAACCUGUCAUACAUGUUUUCUGUAAUUUAUUUACAUUUUGUUUAAGUGAAUAAAACAAUUUAACUUAUUUCUCUGGGGAAGUCAGCAAACCUUAAUUACAUAUAAGCUUUCAGUAUUUAGAAGUCUUAAAUGUCCGGAUACGAGGAUCAUGAUAGUGACUACGAAGAUGCCGAUAAGGAAAUAUUUAGCUCCUCAUUUAAGCCAUCUUACGUUGUUAUUGGCAUUGAUAACCAUUCGUCAAUGUUUGAAAAAAAUUUAAAUGGAAUAACACCAUUUCGUAUGUGUUUAAAAGCAUGUCACAACUUAGCAGAGAAUUUGCUUUUCCGUAAAGAUGCUAGGUCUUGGAGCCAUUUUGCUAUUCUAAUAUCGGGCAUAUCUAAACCUUUGACAACGUUUAGUGAAAAUGUUGUGGAUGUUAUAAAAAUCUUAAAAGCAACAUCUGACUUAUCUGAUGAUGCCUUGAGCCAGGAGUACCAAAGAAAAGGCAAUUUGGAUUUAUCAUCAUUUUUCCUUUCUGGUAAAAAACUUUUUCACGAAGUAAAAACAGUAUUUUAUAAAAGAACUUUUCUCUAUAUGAGUAACGAUGAUAACCCAGUUAAAGACAAAAAUUCCAAGUUUACUGCUUUCAAUGAAAUCAAAACAUUUGCUGGAAGUCAGAUUCAAUUUCAAGUUAUACCAACAGUACCAUCAUUUAACUACAAACUCUUUUAUAAUGAGGUAUUUAAUCUACUGGGAGGUCUAAAUGAAGAAGAAAUUUGUACUGAUACAGAAGGUUUGACACAAAAGUUGUCCUCAACAAUAUUAGUUAAUAUAAAUAAACGUAAACUAAAUUUUUAUCCAUUUAAAGGUGAUACUACACGUUUUUUAAAAUGUUUGAGACUGUACAUUUAUUCGAACAUACAACUGUAUAAUAAUUAUAUGACUAAAGAUGGUCAAAAAGUAAUUAAUACAUCUAGACAAAGUGAUACCCCUGCAUAUUAUCGUAUAAAAUAUAUUAGCUCAGAUAAAGCACCAAAUGUUAAAUUUGAUAUAGACGAAAAAGACCGUUUAAUGGAUUUUGAUACACCAAAAGGACUGAUUCUUUGUUAUAUAGCCGAUAGACAAGUGGGAAUUGGUCAUAUAUUUACUAGCCCUAAUUUAAUAAGAGCAGAUCCUAAAGAAGACCUACCUUAUUUUAAUAAAUUUUGGGAUAAUUGUGUAGCCACUAAUAAAGUUUUAGUUUGUACAUCAAAAAUGAGGCAACCAGAUAAAAUUAGAUGCGUGGAGUUGAUUCCUGUAUUGGUAGAUGGAAUUCAAAUGUUUUUGGAAAAGGUGUUACCGUUUGGAAAUGAGAUAAUUCUUCCUCAAAAGUUGAAUUAUCCAAUAGAAGAGGUAAAUGAAGAGAGAAAGGAAGCUGUCCGGAAACUAGUGGACAAGUUGACCUUUGACUUUGAACCUAAUAUGAUAACGGAUAUCCAAUUCCAGAAAAAGAAAGCUUAUAUAAGAGCAAAAUUACUGAAUGAACCAAUCAUACCUGUAAAUGAUAUUCAACUAGAUCCACAAGCUCUAGAUAGUGUUCUGGAUGAAGUAAUCACAGAGAUCAAGGAGAAGUUUGAUUUAAAAGAAACAGAAAAGAAAAGAGGGCGAUCUUCAUCAUCCCAAAGAAGUAGAAACAAGAGAUUUAAAUGAAAUUUAGUUCACUGUUUGUGUUAUUUUGUACCAGAUGAGUUCUUUGGGUUUGGUUGAAACUUCAAUCUGGUAGCUGUAGAAAUGCGGGAACAAAAUAAAAUGAGGAAGGAAACGGACACACAGAUGAAAAUUACUAAAGAAGGAAUGAGUAAAAAGAAUAGAUUUGUAUAAAAAGGAGCUUAUGCUCUAAAUAUAAAAUAACUAAACUUGUAUUUUUUUAAAAUAUAGACAAAUAGGACUUUA